AUGGAGAAUUUGAAGGCGAAGCGCGCAUCCAGGAGAGCGCAGAACACCAAGAUUAUUCGAGAUGCAACUACUCUUCUGGCUACUCCAAAUUUCACAAUGGAAGCGGUCAAGUCCCUCAAGGAUCGACUUGAAAAGAGCAACGGAGAACUUGACCGAAUCAACGCUCAGUAUGAGGAGUUCAUACCUGCAGCCGAAGCAGAAGCGGAGUUCCUUGCAAUCGCCGAAUAUGAAGAUCAGGCUAUCGGAAUGAUAUCGACCUUGCAAGCGCACUACAGCCGACUGCAAGUACAAAGCGAAAGCAGCAGACAGCGACUUUUAGGACAGGACGCGACAGCAACGAACGUCACGAGCCAGAGAUCAGAACUUAGGUUUAAAGGUCCCAAGCUGCCCGUACUUAAAAUAACCCCCUUUGACGGGGACUACGGGCAAUGGACAUCGUUCUGGGAACAGUUAAAGGGUACCAUUCACGAUAACACAGGUCUGUCCGUCUCGGAUAAGUUUCAUUACCUGCGCCUUCCUCUGACUGGUCUUGCCGCAUCAGCCAUAGCAGGGUUACCUACCACAGCUUCAUGUUAUGAAGAUGCAAUACGUCUUCUACGAGAACCUUUCGGAGACAUCAAACAGAUACGGCAGUUGCAUCUUCAACGGAUCCGCAAUUUACCUACUGUUAAAUCAGUGCACGACGUUGCAGGAUUACGGAACCUCUACGACCACGUCGAAGUUCAUAUGAGAAGCUUGGAAACAGCCGAUGUGCUGACCGGAGCUGCAAGAGGUACUGGCGUCACUGGGAAGCAUGAGAUAUUGGAUACCAGGCGAGUAUUGACGUAA